AUGAAUGAAAAGAUUGAUAUGGUUAGAUCAAGGAUAAAAGCAGCGCAAGAUAGACAAAAGUCGUAUGCGGAUAGGCGAAGGCGACCAACUGAAUUCCAAGUGGGAGAUUAUGUCUUAUUGAAAGUUUCUCCACGGAAAAUUGGGUCCUCGAUACAUUGGACCAUUCAAAAUACUCGCUCGGGUCGGGCGCUAGCGUACCAGUUAGAAUUACCUCCCGCGUUGGAUGGAAUUCAUAACACUUUUCAUGUGUUGCAACUGCGGAAGUGCCUAGCGGAUGAGACGGCAUACGUGCCUUUGGAUGAUAUUGAAGUAGAUGAGAAGUUAAAUUAUGUUGAAAAGCCCGUGGCAAUAAAAUAUUCUAAGGUGAAGCAACUCCGCAACAAGUCCAUUCGACAAGUGUUUGUCCAAUGGCAACACCGAAAGGGAUCGGAACUUACGUGGGAAGCGGAGGAUGAAAUGCGGGAGCUCUACCCAGAGUUAUUCGGUAUGUAUUCUGGUUUCGGGGACGAAACCAUCUUAAGGGGGUAG